UUGUCCGUAGUUGAUGAUUAUUUAGACAAUUUUUCACAUUUCCUUCGAAAAUGAAAGUAGAACACAUGGAUAAAGUGAAAGUUAAAUAUAGAGAAAUUUUAUGCAGACAGAAAUUGUGACUAUUUUUGAUAAUACAAUGGCACAUGGACCAGAUCCAGUUUACAUAUUACGUGGAAGUGAGAGUGCUGUCACAUGCUUAAAGUAUUGGUCAAGUAAUGUUCUAUACUCUGGAGAUCAGAAUGGGAAUGUGUACGUCUGGGACAUGGAAACAAAGCGUCCAGUAAAUAAGAUAAUUGGUCAUUCUGGACAUUCUGUGUUACGGAUAGAGUUUAUAAGUGAUUGUACAAUGGUUACACACGGUAGAGAUGGCUUUAUACAGUUUUGGAGUAAGAUAGAAGAUGUAUGGACAAAAUCAGAUGUCAUAAAAUCCACCAGUUUUGGAUACUGUGCCUGCUCCAUAGUAGACAAUAAAAUUGCUGUACCAUCUGAAAGUACCUCUACAGUACAGUUAUAUGAUAUGAGUACAAUGCAAUGUAUAGGAGAACUGAAACCAGAUAUUUCAGGGCAAAAAUAUGGAAUGUGCAUGGCUGUUAAAUCUGUCGAAAACACCAUUUUGAUUGGAUAUGAAAAUGGGUGUAUUGCAUCAUGGGAUGCCAAAACUUUUAAGAUGGCUGACAAGACACAAAUACACAAAGAAUCUGUCAUGUGCCUUGAUUACUCCUCACAAUCAAACUUUGGUAUAUCAGGAUCAGCUGAUGAAAAUCUUGUAUCAUGGUCAAUUAGUGAGAAUAACACUAUAGUAAAAGGGAGAGAGAGUACAGUGAAAAAUCCAGGAUUUACUAGUGUUUCAAUAAGACAUGAUCAAAAGAUAUUUGCCACUGGUGGAUGGGAUUCUAAUGUCAGGAUAUAUUCUGUGAAAAAAUUAAAACCUUUGGCCGUACUGUCAUACCAUAAAGAAAGUGUACAGUGUGUCACAUUUUCAUCUGAUAAUUUAUUGGCAUGUGGAUCUAAGGAUAGCCAUAUUAGUUUAUGGGACAUUUAUAGAUAGUUUUAUUCUUAUUAAACACAUAAUAUAAUUAA